AUACUGGGGCUGUAGUUAGCGCCAUCUUUAAGUGCUUUAUGGCCUCGACAGCCUCCGGAGUCAAGGAAAACUUGCCCCUUGGAUGUUUCUUGAGGGCGUCAGUUAGCGGUGCUGCAAUGGAUGCAAAGUUUUUUAUGAAUCGUCUGUACCACCCUGCUGUACCUAGGAAGCUUCGUAACUCCUUUACGUUCUUCGGAUCAGGAAUCUUCUGUAUGGCCAAGACUCUUUCUGGAUCCAUUUGCAGCUUUCCACCCCCAAUGAUAAACCCAAGGCAUUGUGCUACCAAACGAAGAUAUCGCAGAUGCGUUUGGAAGUCAGGAGCUAUCACCAGAAGAUCGUCCAGAUAG